AUGACAAAGAAAAAAAAAGAUUUCCAUGACGCCAUGAAUACAGUUAAUUUUAAGAAAUGGGUAUUGGAUAAAUUAAUACCCAAUUUGCAUGAACCUACCUGUAUAGUCAUGGACAACGCUAGAUAUCAUUCUAGCCAAAUCAACAAGCCACCGAGCAUGAUAAAUAGAAAAAAAGAUAUUACAGACUGGCUUUCAUCAAAUAAUAUUGCCUACCCUACCAAUGGUACCAAAAGUAUGCUAAUGGUUAUAGUAAAACAAAAUAAACCUGACCCAAUAUAUGAAAUAGAUCAUUUAGUACAGGAUUAUGGUCACAAAAUAGUAAGACUGCCUCCUUAUCAUUGUGACCUCAAUCCUAUUGAGAUGAUAUGGGGCAUAGUAAAAGGGAAGGUUGCCACAAAGAAUGUUGGUUUAGACAAUAUCACAUUCAUGCAGCUUGUAAAAAACGGUUUUGAGGAUAUAACUGCCGAUACAUGGAAUAAUUGUUGUGAGCAUACAAAGAAAAUAGAAGAAGAUUAUAGACAAAGGGGACCAGUAAUCGACAGAGAAAUUGAAAAAUUUAUUAUAAAUGUUGGUGACGAUAGCGAAACAUCCAGUGAUACAAGUAGCAAUGAAUCUGUUAUAUCUGAAAUUGAAACACAACAAUCAGACAAUGAAGAUCAUGAAACAUAUGAAUCUGUUGAAUAUUUGGAUUCUGACUUUGAAGACUUAUGCUAUUAA